AGAAAGCGGAUCGGGCUGGAGCUGGUCAUAUCCGUCCUGUACUGGUUUAUAACUGGUAUAGAUAUAACCAUACAACCAUAGAUCCGUGGACUAGAUGCGUUACUGAUCCAUAGCCCAAACUUAAACAAACUUUGGACCAUUUCAGUCGGAUAAUAAAGCGCAUUAACGGAGAGAGCAGUUUGUUUCACGCCGUGUUCUACGGAAACUUCUUAUCAGAGCGGAGCAGAUGUUCGUGCGGGGCUCCUCUUCGAACAUCUGGGACUGAAAAACUUCGACAGAACGUAGACAAUUCACAUCUGGACAGGAGAAUCUCCUUGAACCUGUACCAUGGCCUCCUCUCGAUCGAGAACAGUCGUGGAGGAGAUUGAUCCUAACUCUUGGAAAUCGUCAAAGGAGACUGACAGAGGUCACACUCUGGGUGGUCACACUCUAGGUGGUCACACACUAAAUGAUCACUCUCCAGUUUUCUCGACUCUGGACGACUGGAAUGAGCUAAAAAACAAUCUGCACUCCACCCGCAUUCAACCAACACCAAGCACUAGAAGAGAACCAACAUGGACCAGAACAGAGCCAACAAGGACCACAACAAAACCAACAAGGACCACAACAAACCGACAAGGACCACAACAGAACCGACAAGGACCAGAACAGAGCCGACAAGGACCACAACAGAACCGACAAGGACCACAACAGAACCGACAAGGACCACAACCAACAAAACCGACAAGGACCACAACAGAACCGACAAGGACCACAACAGAAACAACACAGACCAGAAGAGAGUCAAGAGAGCGUCCAGGCAGCUCCGAGCCAGUGCGUGUGGAGGCCGGGCCCGGUGGUGUGAUACCAAAAACUAAAGCGGUUAGUGUGCGGUCCGUGCUGCUGCAGACUCCAGUUCAGUAUCGCGAGAAUAUCCAUAAUGUGGUUUUUCACCAGUGUCCAGAGCUCAGGAAGUUCUUGAACAAUCGAUUUCCAGAUGAUUUAUUUCAGAACGCCCUGAAGAAAGUGAACUUUAAGAAAGUCCAGCAGACAUUUAGUGAAGUGUUCCGUUUGAGGAAGCUGAUUCAUUUGGGUGAAUCAGUGUGUGUUCUGUAUAUCGGGAACAUAUGCCAGGGCUCAGGGUUUGUGCUUUUUGAAAACCUCAUCCUCACUAAUGCACAUUUGUUCUGCAAAGCCCUUUCCGAAGACGGCCGAACCCUGAACGAACGAGUGCAGGCUGUGUUCAACUAUGAAAAUCCACUUGUGGAAAAUGAUUCACUGCUGAUCUUUGACGUUCACAGUGAAGUUAUAGACUUGAACAAGGAAAUGGAUUAUGCCAUUCUGUAUCUUUAUAAUCCAGAGCACAAACCAGUCCCUCCAGGACUCCUGCCUCAUUCUGGGCCCAAACCAGAUGAUGGAGGAGCCUGUGUCAUGGGUCAUCCUGGUGGUCAGGUGAAAAAAAUAGAUCUUACAUCUAUCAUUGUGAUGAACGAAAGACAAGACGCUGCAAAUGAACACCUAGAGCCGUAUGAUAACAUAGACAGAAUGGUCAUUGUUAGAAGAGCACGAGAGCAAAACAUUGAAAGCAUAUGGACUUUAGACAGUGUGAUAACCUACACCACGACCAACAUGUACCACGGCUCGUCCGGCUCCCCUCUGUUCGAUGACCAGUGUAGACUGGUGGGCUUACACACCUCAGGCUUCACCUAUGAUUUCAAAGGAAAGACCUGCAGCAUCAUAGAGUACGCCCUUCCAGUCCUGGACAUAUUCUCAUCAUUUGUGCACAAUAUGAGAACAAAUGGGCUUUUGUCACGAGAGUUUGUACAAAUUUUAAGUCUCAACCCACAUUUGAAAGAAAUCUUCCAGAGAUAUGGCGUCUAAGUAGCUCCAUGGGGUCUUAUUAGAGGUGAGAUCGGGCCUAAAAAAUCCAGCCCAACCCGACCCGGCCCGCGGGUAUUAAAACCCGACCCGGCCCGAGCCCGACCAAUUAACUUGAUUUGCAGGCCCGAGCCCGAAGCAAACCCGAAAUGUCAUAUUUUAUUUGUGAGGACUCGGGAGGAGGAGCAGUGCUCAGCGUCGAGGUGCCAGUCUUUUUGCUCUCGUAUGAAAGCAAAGCGCCACAUUGACGACAUUCAGCGAAGCCAACGCAAGUUUCUGUAGCAUUUUCAACAAUCAAUUUGAAGCUUUUCCACACCUCACUCUUACCGGUGCGUGUUUGUCUUUUCAGUUCUCCUGCCUUUAGUUUAACUUCUUGCUCCUCCAUAUUGGGGAUACCAGGUCAAAAUAGAUGCAGACUUGCGGAGGGGAAGAUUAUUAAAUGAAGAGGGGGCGUUCACGUGCGCAGAGCUCUGGCUCUGCGGAUCCUGUUUAGUAGUUAAAUAGCAAUUACAUUACAUUACUUCUCUGUUUUAUCCAUAUUAUUUAUUUUAUAACAAGUAUUCCUUAGUUUAGUAUCCACACAUCGUUUUAGCAUACAUUUUAUAAACAUAUAUUUAUUUGAAGCCCGACCCGACCCAAAGUAAUGAUUGACAUUUUUAGACCGGUCGGGUCGGGCUUGGGCUCGGUCUUAAGAUCUUACCUAGGUCUUAUUCUGUUUAAAAGCUGAUAACCCUGUAAUGUAGACGUCUACAAACACAUUCUGAAAUGUCCUUGUGUGUCAUAGCCCCUUGUGUGUGUCAGACGUAGGCCUGUCACAAUGAUUCCAAUAUCGACUCAAUGUGAAAACUGAACAAUAGAUUUUGGGGCUCAGUAUUUAUCGUGGGUUCAAUUUCUAUGCAAUAAUGAGGAGGUUUGAGAGAGUUAUUUGUGUUGUAAUAUGAAAAGUAAAAAAAAAAAAAUAAGUGCCUGUAUGUAUUGUUGCUGCCUGAAAGAAAAUGUCCUUCGGGAUAAUAAAGUAUAAUCUGUCUGUCUAUAAAAUAGCAAUAUACCAUGCUUCAGUAUUUGUUAUUGUGACAGGCCAAGUCAGAUGCCCUCCCUGUGUCUCCACGGCAUUUCAUUCUGUGUAAAAGUCAUUAUAAACAAUGCGCGCCAGAUCAAAUAUAACAUGUUGCUCGCAGACUGGCACGCUGGCACUGUUCCGUCCUCGUGUUGGUCGUUGUUGAGUUUUGGCUCUGGGGACGCACACUGAACAGAAGUAGAUCUGCCUCUCCUAACAUUUCUGAAAUAAAGACAGUCAGGGGGAGACUGAUGAUGAUAAUAUCCUGAAGGAGAACAGAACUUUCAGCGCUUUAAAAUAGACACAUCAAGAAUCUCAGACUUCUGGUCAUUGCGCAAUUCAUACUGGGAAGGAUUCUCCGAAAAAGUGAGCA